GCUCUCGGUGGCGUUUUGUUAACAUUUUCAACUCAUGCAUAAAUUACGCGAGUGUUGCAACAAUUUCCAAACGCAUUUACAUAACUAACCGACCAACUGCAACGAAAAUGUAGUCAACACUGCUCAACGAGUAUCUGUGCAAAUUCGCAACAAGCAGAAAAAGAAAAAAACUAGGCAAAUGAAGACACCACCCACAAAACACACAAAACAGUAGUCAUUUUUCUCUUUUGUUGUUGUCUACACUCAAUCAGUUCCUAUUAAAGCAAUUAGCGUGUCGUUUAACUAAAAUUGCGUAAAUUGCGCACUGAUUGUGCGUUAUUUGUGGAGCCCGCAAUUAACUAAACAUUACGUGCACAUUCGCACAACCCACCGAUGAUCGAAGGGGCAACCAGACAAUAAUAAUAACAACAACAACAACAACGAGAACAACAAUAGUAGGAAGAAAUACAAAGUAUUUUGGCGCUUGGCCAUUUGCAGGUCAUGUGGCGAGAAUUGGGACAGCUGCCACAUAAAAGCCGUUAACAACGACAUUCACUGACUGAGGAGGGUAAGCCGAUAACAACAACAGCAACAACAACAAGAAGAACAGCAGCACCAACAUCAAGAAUCGCCUAGACUUGUUAAACGUUUCGACCUUGGCCACCCCAAGCAGCAAAACUGGCUAAAAUGGGGUGUGCAACCCACUUGGUGGAUGUAGCCGCCUGUCUGCAUUAGUCACAGAAAACGUGCAGUGAAAAUGCGAACAACCAGUAGCUGUUCAAUUAAGGCGCAAACGAUGUGGCGACAAAUUGCACAACAAAGCCGAGCAACACUAUUCCAGCUGUCAGUACAUAGAUCAAAUUGAUUCGGCAACUAGGCUCUUCACAAAUUUGUCUUUGCGUGAAGCGAGCAACGAACAGACAUCAAUAUGUUUAAGAUUCGUCAACGUAAUUGUAUGCUGAUUGCCACGGUACUAAUAUUGGCGCCUUGCAUUGUGAUAUUGAUGGUAUUGGGUCCAGAACUAUCCACCGAGCAGUCGCUGACGCAACGGCUCGCCGAAUGCCACAUGCGGCUGCAGUAUCUCGAGUCCAUGUAUCGUGCCCGCCAGGAGGAUGUCUCGCUGCUCUCCCAGUAUCUGGGCCAGCUGCAGUCCAACAAUGCUAGCAAUCUGACCAAUGUUAGUCCACCACCGUUGCCGGUGGCCAAUUUGCUGGAUGGCCUCAGUCCGGAGGCACGUCAGCUGUUGCGCAACGCAUCGCAUAUGUCCAAAUCGGGUGCCUCGGGUUCGUCACGUGGCUAUGUGCCCGUUCAGAAUAUCCGGCUGCCAAAUGCCUAUCACUUUCUGCCUCAUCUCCUGGACGAUGCUGGCUCGCUGCGUCCCGCCUAUCUGCAGAGCAAAGGGCGUUCAGAUGUGAGCAUUGUCCUCGGCGUGCCCACAGUGCGACGCGAGAAGCAAUCGUAUCUGCUCAGCACGCUGCAUAAUCUCAUCGAGAACAUGAACGAUGAGGAACAGAACGAAACGCUCAUCAUUGUCUACAUAGGAGAAACGGACUUCGAAGCGGUGCAGCUGAUAGCCAAACAAAUUGAGACGAGCUUUGAGGCGCAUCUGGAGAGUGGACUCAUUGACAUCAUAGCACCAGCGCCCAGCUACUAUCCAAACUUUGAGCGAUUGCGUAUCACACUGAAUGACUCGCUGGAGCGUGUGAAGUGGCGCAGUAAACAGAAUCUCGAUUUUGCCUAUCUAAUGGCCUAUGCCCAUUCCAAGGGCACCUUCUAUGUGCAGCUGGAGGAUGAUAUAUUAACGAAACGACAAUUUAUAACCACCAUGAAGAAGUUUGCGCUCGAUAAGAGCGCUUUAACCCGGCCAGAUCAGUCGGACUGGUUUGUUUUGGACUUUUGUCAGCUCGGCUUCAUUGGCAAAAUGUUCAAGAGUGCCGAGUUGCCGUAUUUAAUAACGUACUUUCAAAUGUUCUACAAUGAUAAACCGGUCGAUUGGCUGCUAACGUAUUUCAUAGAGUCGAAGGUGUGUCGCACGGACAAGGAUCAGAAGCAUUGCAAUUUGGCGAAGGUCCGCUAUUGGCAGCACUUUCGCAAAUCCCUAUUCCAGCACAUUGGCACCAGCUCCUCGCUGAAGGGCAAGGUGCAGAAGCUGAAGGACAAACAGUUUGGCAACAAGGUGCCCGCUUACUAUGCGCACACGCACAAUCCACCGGCGCUGGUCAAGUCGAAUAUAGCGCCGUAUAAGAACUUUCUGCUGAAGCGCGCCUAUCGAGGCGAAACAUAUUUCUGGGGUCUGCUGCCGCAGCCGGGCGAUUUGGUGCAGAUCAUCUUUGAGCAGCCGACAUUGUUGCGUCGCUAUCUGUUUCGCAGCGGCAACUCGGAGCAUCCGUCGGAUCGUUUCUACAAUACCACCGUGGAGCUGCUGCCGGCCGACAGUCUCAGCGAGAACUCGUCCGUCUGGAGCACUUAUAACACCACAACGGAUGGGUAUCUGGUUGUCGGCGCUUUCGAUAAUCUGGGCGUUGCGGAGGGUCUGCUCGAUCCCAAGAUUGGUGCUAUCAAGGAGCUGCGCCUCCACGUGCACAGCGACAGCGAGAACUGGGCACUGCUCAGCGAGAUUGAGUUGCAGGAAUCGGGCAGCAAUGCGAGCAAUUCGGAUGCGAAUGUGGCAAAGCCGCGCUUUGCGGCAGUUAGCUGAUUGCUGCAUCGUCAUCGACAGCAGGCGGAUAUUUAUGGUGGAGAUCUAACCAAGAAUUGAUGUUGUCCCAUCCUUGUGCAUCUAUUUGUAUGUGCGUCUGUGUAUCUGUACGUGUAUGUGUAUGUGUAUGUGUAUAUUUGUGUAUAUUUUUUUAUUGAGCGCUACUUUUAAAUCCCUACCAUCUAAAUGUAUAAAUAACUAAUCUCCAGGUAUAAUUAUAACGUUUAACUGUAACUAUUUAUGACUGUCAACCAGCAGAUAUUUCGUACAAUUCCCUCAAAUAAUAAUCUCUCUUAACUGAUGCGUGUCAGUUAACUUGAUAAAUCGAAAAGAUAUUCAAAGAUAGUUUUUAUCGCGUGUGAACCGUACUGUACUGUAACUGUUACUAUGCUUAUGCGAUACACGAUUUAUAUCGUUUUAUAUCAAAUAUUAAUGUCCAUAUGUGAAUGAAUUUACCGGUAAACACAUAAAUCUCUUUUUACAAAACAGUCAGUCAAUGAGUGGCGCCAGGUUUAUCAAUGUUGCAACAUCGUUAGCUAUGCAUUAUGAUAUUGUUAACUUGGCACAUCGCAUAGGCAUUGAGCACGUGCUUUGAUACUAUUUCUGCAUUGUGUUAAUAUAUAUACAUAUAUACAUUUUAUACACAAUUGAUAAUGUUUACGAAUAGCUGUGCUGUGUAACUGAGCGCUCCAAUUCCAUUCUCUAAAUACGAAUAUUAUUUAGUUUUUGUUAUGUUCUUUGCAUUUCGAAUAAUUUAGUUUAAGUGUUAUUCUCAACAAUUGGCAAGUAUAUAUUGAACGAAACGCAUUCCAAUUGUUUUUUUGACAACUACUUUCGUAUUUCAUUAUUUCAUAGAGAUAACUGUCCAAUCUGUCCAAUCCAUUUCUUCAUAAGUUUAUUGUUACGUUCUAAUGUUUUAAAUAAUUGUUUUAAAUUAUAUCAUUAUUAUUAUGACCAUUAUUUUGCUACAGUUACAUAUGUAUGACAGCUGCUAAUCUCAAGCCAUAACAAUCGAAUAAGUAUGUAAUAAAUGAUUUUCAUAACAUUAUAAUUGACGUGACAUGCAUAACGACCAUUUUUUAGCAAUGUUUGCUUUUUACUGUGAUUUGUUAAUAAUUUUUGCAUUAACCAUGAACGAAAAUAAAACUAAAAGACGACUAUAACAUUAACAUUAAAUAUUUGAUGUGCGUUUCACAUACACUAUAAACUGUAACAAAAAUUGCUGAUUAGUCAACUAAAUUUAAACCAAAAAGAAAAAUAUAUAUACUUUUUUACACAACGAGAUAAAAUAACAUUAUAAUUAUUUCGAAAUCGAAUUGGAAAUGCCAAAUUUAUUAUUAUAUAGCAUAUAAAAGAGAACAGUAAAUGUUUACACUGGGUUCCUGUUGAGUAAUAAAAGAUAUAUUGUUAGUUGCAGUGGCAUCUUCGAAAUUGAGUUAUUUCAAUUUGUAUACAUUUAAGUUAUUUUUGAAAAAGUUCUGUAAACAUUUUCUGAAAUCACUUCAUGCCAACUGAAACGAACAAAAUAUUGUAGACUGCUUUGGUAUAUUGUUAUAAAAAAAAAACAAGAACAAAAAGAAAAAGAAAAAAAAACUAACAUCACGUUAACUAUUUCGCUUGCUUAAUUUUAAAUACAUAAUACGCAUAUACUAUAUAUAUAUUUUUUUAUAAAUAAAUGUCCAAUGUACGUACUUCUAAAGCCACAAUAAUUUUGCACCUUGAUGUAAUUGGAAAGAUUUAAUUGUUUAAAUUAUUCAAAUUGGAAUUGUAAUUGAGCAAGAAUUGAAUUGAAUUGAAUUUAAUAUAUAGCUAAUUAUAUAUAUAUGUAAUAUGUAUAAAACGCGUUUGUCGCACACAGCCAACUUAGCAAAUAUGUUUAUUGACCAUUUUUUGUUCGUUUGUCUCUACACAAUUCUCUUAAGCCAAUCCAAGAAAAGAAACCUAACAGCAAAGUGCACGCUGGUAAAACAUAAUUGAAACAUGCGUGCAACAAAGGUGUACAAGCUUAAUAAAUCAUACAAAAAACAUUGCAA